AUGGUUGGCCUCGACGCGUUCUUCCUUUUGUUCGCAUGGUUGCUUCUCUGGACACCUUCAGCCAAUGCGAAUACAGAGAAAAUCAUAUUCUCCGUUCCCGAUUCUCCUAAUAGUGCUUUGGAAAGUGUGAUCGACGGAUCCAAAUUCAAUGUGAUUGGCUUGCUAUCACCAGCGGAAUCGCCAGAAAAACUGCUUCUACGGACUGAACUUCCACGGGAAUUUCCAUCCGAAUCUGCGCCUCACGGUAUCGACUCUUGGGUUCACUUGAAGGGCUUGAAACCGGGUGCUCGAUAUGAGGUCCGAAUCUGCUGGGCAGCAACAACUCCGUCUGACUUCUGGUUGAGUGUCCACUCGCCACACGAUCAUAAAUAUAAUUCCGAUGUUUAUCUCAAAAUAUCAGCAAUUGCUGAUUAUUAUACCACAAAUGCCACGCUCAUGGACAGGCCGGAACCGGUCCUGGUUGACAUCAUCCUCGACGAAUUUCUACUAGGAGUACUACCCCGUUCUCUGCUCAACGUCGGACUCUUCAUUGUCGUAGUGGCUGGGGUAGCUUGGUACGCAGGGUCCAAGGUGGUUCAAUGGUUGGAUGUCAUUACAACAAAGGGCCUCAAAGAUAAAGUCGCGUAA